AUGGACGUGGGCAGCACCACAGUGAAGGAGGAGCAGUUCGUGCGGCUAGAUGUGGAACAAUGCUACGAUGAGUUUCUGGAGUUGAUUUGGAGACAAGGUGGCAGCCUGGGCGUCCCCCAGAUCUUGGAAGAAGGCGACCCGAGGUCCGGCCGCGGCUGCGCGCGGCGCGUGGGGCUGUUCAUCGUGGAGCGGGUUGUAGAGGCCGAACGAGGCCAGUUUCUGGAGUAUACCAUUGAGAAGCCGUGGCCUACCAGUUACAACCGCGCGCGGGUGAGUUUCCAAGACGUGGAGGGCAACACGGUGAUCACCUGGACCUCCAACUUCACGCCCUUCCCCUGCUGCGGCUGGUUGCGCUUCGUGGUCAGCUGGGCCUUCCGACAGCUGUUGGCCGAUCUGGCCGAGGCCGCCAAGGAGAAAACAGAGCCGCGAUGA